AUGGAGAACCAAUCUAUGUCUUCAUCAAGCUCCUCCACACACAAACAUGAUCAAAAACUCAAAAGUUCCGUUGUGGCCAUGGAGGUCCUGGAGGAGAAGGAGACAGUGAACAAUCCGCCCCAGUAUUAUAAUAAGAUCUACAUCUGUUACUUGUGCAAGAGAGCGUUCCCAACCCCUCAUGCCCUUGGCGGUCACGGAACCACCCACAAGGAGGACCGAGAAUUGGAGAGGCAACAGAUCGAGUCAAGGCUUUCUAACAAAGACAAGUCUAACUUGCUCUUUGGUGGGUCUUCACAAGAUGUUUUAUCAAAUGAUAAUCACCUUGGACUCUCUCUUGGUCCAUUGAAGUCCAUAGAAGGUAGCAGCAGCAGCAACAACGUUAACCCAUUGCUUAAUGUUGGAGUCCCUAGAGGAACCACAGAUAUGAACAUGAACAACUAUAGCUCACAUGCUUUAUCAACUGAUGAUAUUAAUCUUGAUCUUACUCUUGGUCCAUCUAAGUCCAUAGGAGAUAGCAACAAUAUCAUUAAUAACAACACUAACUCAUCCUUCGAUGGGAAUCUGAUCAUUCCCGUUCGUCCUCGUGUGUCUAGAUACCAUUUUGUUGCUGGGAACCCCCUUGAUUCAAUCUCUAGAAACAUUCCUCCUUCUAUUACUUUUCCUCAUCUAAACAUCAAUCUUUCUCAUGAUUCGUUUUCUUUACAAGAGAAUGGUUCGGGCUCUAGUCACUCAUAA